GAGGACGCAGGUCAGCAGCGCAGCUGUGUGUCUCGUGUCGGUGUGUUCCUUGUUUACUCCGCGCAUGCAGCAUGGACAAACUACGAGCCCUCCUGCAGAGGACACUGGGGACAGUCAGACAGCACAUGGGCACUGACCACUACGGGAAUAAGUAUUAUUACGUCCCUGAGCAGAGGACAUGGACGGGCCAAACAAUUAGAGCAAGAAGGACGAUGGAACCUGUGCAGAAAGACAUCUACAAAUAUCAGACUGGACAUAUUCCUACAGAAUGGGAAGCAUGGAUCAGAGGCAAAAGAAAGGACCCUCCAUCAAUUGAGGAGAUCCUCAGGAAUGAGCAGUUAAGACAGGACAUAAGUGCCAAGGGAGACGACUUUCUGAGUACAGACAGGACUAUGGCGAGCGCUGAAGGAAAACAUGAAGUGGAGGCCCAGCCAAUGAGAACACAGAUAAAAGGACACGCUUCUGCUCCACUUUAUGAGAAACCAACCCCGACUGAAGAGCCAACAAGCACUGCAAAUACAUUUGUGCCUGGAUCCUGGAACCCAAAGAAAAAGUAGCAGGAACUAUGAACGACAUUAUUAGGACUUAUUCUAAUGAGUUUUACCGCGGCACUAAGGUUAUUUUGUUUCUUUCCUUCUUCCUCUUGAUAGAAUUUAUUUGUUAGUUCCUCUUUAUCAAUACUAAACAAUUAUAAUAUAUUGGAGUAAGUAAGAAAAAAAGGAAUAGCACUACUUGCGAUUACUACAGAACUGAUAGGGUUAAACUUCAAACGAACAGCUCACACGGAGGCGGGUCCGAAAAAGGCCGUCAGCUAUGGUAGUGCUGGGAAGAUCCGAACAUAGGAAAAAUCAAUGUGCAUAGAAGAUAGAUUCAAAGAUAAA